GCCGAGUGAAUCGGGCGAAGGGGCGUGUUUGGUGGGCCAUCGGCACGUCGCCGUCCGUCCGUCCGUCCACGGAGGCUGGAGCAUGGUGGAAGCAUGGAGGACCACAGGCUAGAAUGGGUGGAAAUCAUCGAGCCUCGCACGCGGGAGCGCAUGUACGCCAACCUCAUCACGGGGGAGUGCGUCUGGGACCCUCCGCCAGGCGUCCGCAUCAAGCGCACCAACGAGAACCAGUGGUGGGAGCUCUUUGACCCCAACACCUCCCGCUUCUACUACUACAAUGCCACCACCCAGCGGACGGUGUGGCACCGGCCCCAGAACUGCGACAUCAUCCCGCUGGCCAAGCUCCAGACCCUGAAGCAGAACACCGAGUCGCCCCGAGCCUCCACCGAGAACAGCCCCGGGCGCAGCAGCAAUGUCAGCCGCGAAGGCAGCACCAGCUCCUCCCUCGAGCAAGAGCUGGAAGGUGGUGGUGGUGGCGGUGGCGGCGGCAGCGGGGAGAAGGGGCAGGAGCAGAGCCGGCCCAACCGCCAGCCCUCCCAGUUUGCCACUGUCAAAGAAGAAACAGAAAGUUCCUCACCACCUGGAGUUUUUGAGAAAGAAUACGAGAUAUACCGGGAUUACAGCAGCGAUGGGCAACGCCUCCACUACAGGGCAUCAUCUCUCAGGUGGAACACAGGAACAAAGGAACGGAUGCUCAUCAAGGUGACGGAUCGCGAGCCCAGCUUCCUCAUGCACCAGGGCAAUGGCUACACCAUGGACAGCCAGCAGGGCAGCCGGUCGCGUCGGCCGUCUGGUGGCCAGCCGUCCCCUAACCUCCAGACUUUUACCCCCGACUCGGACAACUCUGUCUUCUUCCCAGACAGGAAGCAGUCACCCUUCCUGAAACGGGCAGAUCAUGUGGGCAGUUGCUCCCCGCUGCUGGGGCGGGGGGAGUCCUUCUGCUCCCCACUUCAAGCCCAGCACCGCAAGCACUCCAGCGAGUCCCAGCCCUCCUCCCCACGUUACGCCUAUGAGCCUCCCUUAUAUGAGGAACCUCCUAUGGAGUACCAGGCCCCCAUCUACGAUGAGCCGCCGGUGGAUAUGCAGUUUGAGGCGAGUGGGAGUUACAAAGCUGGCUCACCCCAGAAGUCCCCCAUCCGUAAGCCCCAUCCCUUUCUGCAGUCACCCAAACAGGGCUCCAACUCCCCUUACCAGCAGCUGGUGUUGACCAAGCAGAAAGGCCCGGACCGCUUCAUGAGCUUGGAGUACAGCCCUGCCGGCAAGGAGUACGUCCGGCAACUCGUCUAUGUUGAGCAAUCAGGCUCCAGCCCCAAGAUGAAGACGGGCCUUCGACACAAAUAUUCCCCGAAUCCGAUUGGGGGUUCCUACUCCCUCCAGCACAGCCCCUGCCUCAUGAGGGACCAGCGCCUGGAGGUCAAAUCCGGGGACUACAGCAGCAUGGAAGGGUCUGACAUUCGGCACAGCCCCCCGGUCAGCCAGACCUCGCAGGGCGAGGACUCCAUGUCAUGGUCCAGCCAGCAGAACACCCUGUCCUCCACUGGUUACUCCCCGGGUACCCGCAAGCGGAAGAGUCGGAAGCCCUCCCUCUCUUAUGAUCCCAACGCCUCUUCCACCGACGGCUCCGGGGAGCGAGAGGAAGGGCUGCCCGAGGAGAGGCCCCCGUCCGGUUGUGGCCGGCCCCAGAUGAAUCGCAUGGAGAGUAGGUCCGUGGAGGCGGAAUUGACCCGAGGCUUUCCGGAGCCCUUCCUGGCUCAGGCCCGGCUGGCGUGGGAAGCCCAGCAAGCGCAUUACCAUAUGAAGCAGCGGAGUAGCUGGGACUCCCAGAAAGACGGUUCGGGCUAUGAGAGCGACGGGGCUGUCCCACUCCCCAUGCCGGGGCCGGUGGUGCGGGCAUUCAGUGAGGAUGAGGCCCUGGCCCAGCAGGAGAACAAGCACUGGAAGAGGAACACCUUUGAGAAGUUGGGUUUCCCACAGAUCCUGCUGGAGAAGAGUGUCUCUGUGCAGACAAACUUGGCUUCACCUGAACCCUACCUACAUCCAUCCCAGUCCGAGGAUCUUGGCGCCUGCGCACAGUUUGAGAGCAGCAGACAAAACCGGAACAUGAUGCCUAGCACCAGCUGUGUCUUCCCCACCUUCAACCUAAGGAAGCCUUCCUCGGAGACGGACAUUGAGAACUGGGCCUCCAAGCACUUCAACAAGCACACCCAAGGGCUCUUUCGGCGCAAGGUCUCCAUCGCCAACAUGCUGGCCUGGAGCAGCGAGUCCAUCAAGAAACCCAUGAUCAUGACCACCGACCGCAACGUCAAGAAGGAAGCCUGUGAGAUAUUCAAGCUGAUCCAGAUGUACAUGGGCGACCGGCGGGCCAAGACGGACCAACUCAACGUGGCUCUGGAGAUCGCCACCAAAGGCUGGAGCAUGCAGGGCCUCCGGGACGAACUGUACAUCCAGCUCUGCCGACAGACCACCGAGAACUUCCGCUACGAGAGCCUCGCUCGGGGCUGGGAGCUCAUGUCCAUCUGCCUGGCCUUCUUUCCACCCACCCCCAAAUUCCACUCCUACCUUGAAGGAUACAUCUACCGGCACAUGGACCCUGUGAACGAUACAAAAGUUACUCAGCACAUUAAAGAACUCCUGGAAAUGAACAGUAAGAAGAAGUCCAAAGUGAGAAAGAAACCCAAGCCCUAUAUCGAAGAACACGAUGGGGUGGCAAUCAGCACUUAUGCCAAGUAUUGUUACAGCAAGCUCCAGAAAGCGGCCUUGACCGGAGCCAAGAAGGGUCUGAAGAAGCCAAACAUUGAAGAGAUCCGCCAUGCCAAGAACGCCGUCUUCAGCCCCUCCAUGUUUGGAAGCUCCCUGCAAGAGAUCAUGAACAUGCAGAAGGACAGGUACCCUGACCGCCAGCUUCCCUGGGUCCAGACGAGGCUGUCGGAAGAGGUCCUGGCCCUCAACGGAGACCAGACCGAAGGCAUCUUCAGGGUCCCUGGAGACAUUGACGAGGUCAACGCCCUCAAGCUGCAGGUCGACCAGUGGAAGAUCCCCACCGGCUUGGAAGACCCUCAUGUCCCUGCCUCCCUCCUGAAGCUCUGGUACCGAGAACUAGAGGAGCCCCUGAUCCCCCACGACUUCUACGAACAGUGCAUCACUCACUACGAGAACCCCGAAGCCGCGAUCGCCGUCGUCCACUCCCUGCCCAGGAUCAACAAGAUGGUGCUCUGCUACCUCAUCCGUUUCCUCCAGGUGUUUGUGCAGCCCGGCAACGUGGCGGUCACCAAGAUGGACGUCAACAACCUGGCCAUGGUGAUGGCCCCCAACUGCCUCCGCUGCCAGUCGGACGACCCACGGAUCAUUUUUGAGAACACCCGCAAGGAAAUGUCCUUCAUCCGGGUGCUGAUCCAGCACCUGGACACGAGCUUCAUGGAGGGGGUCCUAUAGCACCGGUGCGGACGGAACCAGGGCGGAACGGGACCCCUUCUCUCCAAGCCCCGCCUCCCCCUCCACCCCCCCAGCCAGUGAGUCAGUGAGAACUGUUUUUGACGCAGCAAAGGGAAACGUCCUCGUCGGGUGGGCACUGGGGCAGAGCAAACGCUGCCAUGGCUUGGCCUUGCCUGCCUCCGCCUCCUCCUCCUCGCCUCGGUACCGCCUGACAUCGCAGAGGAGGAAACUGUGGUGCUCUCGUUCAGAAAGACGUCUUCUGGCCAGGACAUCCAGUGGGACAUUCCUCUCUGUGGCAGGACUAGCAUUCCUCACAAGGAGAAAUUGAAUCAGUGACCAGCCUGGGAGACUUCAGGUGAACUGUCAAGUUGAGGGGGUCGGAGGGUUGGGGAGGGGGAGGAAGCCGUGAGCCCCCUCUCCCUCAUUCCUGACUCAAUUUCCCAUCCGCUUUCCUGGGGAGAGGCUGCUAGAUUCCAGGGUUGGGGGGCAAAGGCAAGGGGGUGGUGAAUGGGGUUGGCUUUUAAGAUGGAAGCCGGAUCCUGUCGGGUCAGGGUUGCAUGCCGUUGCCUUCCCAAGGAAAAUGAAGGAGCCUCCUUGGGCCAAGCCCUGCUAGCGGAGACCCUCCGGAAGAGGUGGUAGUGGUGGUGGUGGGGGACAUCGGGUUCCCAAUGGGGCAUUCCAGGUUGGACUUGGAGCGGCCACAUCUCCAUCACCGGUGUGCCAGGCUGUCUCCGAGGGCCCAACAAAAUGCAGCAGACACAAGCGCUGCUCCCUCACGGCCCCCGUUAACCGUUUCCCUCUCUUGUUCCAGCACAUUCACUGCCAGAAGGGGCCAAUCCAUGCCCCUUGCCCCCUCUUUCCCCCUCUUUCUCUCUUGAAACCCACACAAAUGGACAAAUAUACUAAUAGGCUCCAGCAGCGUCUACUUAAGCUUUCAGAAUUGGCUGAACGUGGUUGGUGGAAAGUCUCUGGGCCCCCCUUUCCUUGCUUGCCUUGCCAAGGUGACAUAUCGUUAACAUACGGAGCCACGGGAGCCACUUCUUUAUUGUCUGUAGCCUCAUUCAGAAUGGUUGGUCAAAGCUGGGCCUAGUUGCACAAAUUGGGUGGGUGGAGGAGGCCAGAAGAGACCCUAGCCUCCUCGUUUGGCCUCCUGAUUCCUGCAGAUCUGCUUGCACUUUACAGUUUACCAUGCAAGGAGUGAUUAAAUCAUCCGCAGGAGAUAUUCUCACCCAGAUUGAUGCCAAGCUAUGGCAAGAUUCCUGCUUUGCUCUGAACCACAAGGUUAGAAUUGAGACAGAUUCUGGGUUGUAGAAGGUUUUUCGGACUGUAUGACCAUGUUCUAGAAGCAUUCUCUCCUGACGUUGUGAGGAUGCUUUGCCACAGAUGCAGGCGAAAUGUCAGGAGAGAAUACUACUAGAGCAGUGGUUCUCAACCUGUGGGUCCCCAGCUGUUUUGGCCUUCAACUCCCAGAAAUCCUAACAGCUGGUAUACUGGCUGGGAUUUCUGGGAGUUGUAGGCUAAAACACCUGAGGACCCACAGGUUGAGAGCUACUGUUCUAGAGCAUGGCCAUACAGCCCGAAAAACCAACAACAACCCAGUGAUUCCCUGAAAACUUUUGACAAUACAUGGAGACAGGUUCCUUUCCCUGGUGAUGUUCAUUUCUUUAGGGCAGUGGUCCUCAACCUGUGGGUCACCAGAUGUUUUGGCCUUCAACUCUCAGAAAUCCAAACAGCUGGCAAACUUGAGUGGGAUUUCUGGGAGUUGUAGAGCAAAACACUUGGGGACCCACAGGUUGAGAACCAUUGCUUUAGGACAAUGCUUUCCAAACUUUGGUCCUCCAAGAGUGUUGGGCUUCAGCUGCUGGAACAUCUGAUGGUUGGCCAAAUCAGCUAAGGCUUCCAAGAGUUGAAAACAUCAACUGAAGGACCAGAGUUAGGGAAUCGAUGCUUUAGGAUUAUUCUCUGCAAGGACCCCAACAUCUUUUCAAUUGGGAGAGUUAAUGACAAGUGAAUAUCCUUUCCCAAGGCUGUCAAGUGAGGGAACCCCCAAAACACCUGGGAAAGUAGACUUCCCACUCUUGAGCCAUCUCUUCAGCUAUCUAUGGCCUCCCAAGCAAGACAAAUGCAUAAGAAAAGUUGCGAGGGAAGUGGGAUGAAAGAACAUUUUUCCUGAAAUGCUUCCUCUCAGCUGUGAAAAGUAUCUUAAUUUGUUCCUCUUCGAGAUAUUUCUCCUCUGUGUUAGUCUGCAUUAUAGUGUCUUCUUGGACUUCUGGUUUUUCUUUCUGAGAUGAGUUUGCUUUUGAUAACCUGCAACACAUCCAUUUCAGCCCAGAAUUUCCAUCAGUUAGCACAUCCCUGCAAAACAUUUGGGGAUAUCUCUGAGGAGGGGCUGUACGUAAACCCCUCCUAUGAAGUCCUCUCGCAAGUAGAACAUUUCAUGUAAGGUGUAUAAAGCCAAAGCGAGAUUUGGGAUUCAGAAGAUUAUUUUAUUCCAGGAAGGCUGAUUUUCCUCCCAGAUUUUUCACCUCUCAGUAUAUUAUGAGAGGUGAGAAGGAGACACUGCAUCCCACAACCUUCCUUUAGUAAACCUUACUUCUGACGGCUUUCAGCAUCCUCUCAGAAGGUUGGGCAGAUACCAGCACUGUGCACCGGCCUUCUGAACAAGGGUUUGUAGAGAGAAUGGCCUGACCAGAUGAGCCCAGUCUUGUUCCUUCUGGCCAGUUCUUACUCCUAGAUGAGGCAGGACAAUGGGGAUCAGAUGCAGAAAGUGUCCAUCCUUCCCCAGGUGACCCAUUGCUUCUUCUUGAGCCCCUUGAAGGCCUGCUUCUUCUACAACUCCAGCAUUUGUUCAACUUUAC